AUGUCUGCCUCAGAUUUAUACAAAAACACAGAUCUGAUGUGGAAACAGAGUGUGUGGACCUCCACUAUCUCCAGCCACCUUGCCUCUCUGCACCUAAAACAAGGCGGACUGUUGACUUUGGCAGGGGCCAAAGCGGCCCUGUCGGGCACUGGAGGUAUGGUAGGCUAUGGCAUGGCCAAGGCUGCCGUCCACCAGCUGUGUCAGAGUCUUGCAGCGAAAAACAGUGGGAUGCCAUCAGGAGCUGCUGCUGUGGCUAUACUGCCGGUUACCUUGGAUACGCCAAUGAACAGGAAGUUCAUGCCUGACGCAGAUUUCAGUUCCUGGACACCGCUGGAGUACAUCGCUGAAAUGUUCUUCAAGUGGGCUGCAGGAGAGAACCGGCCCGCUUCAGGGAGCCUGAUGCAGCUACUGACCUCCGGAGGUGAAACCCAGGCUGUGCCCGCGCAGUAGAGGACAGAGUGAAGCUGUGGAGAUGGUGAUGGGGGGUUGGGAGGGGGAGAGUGAGAUGGAUGGAAGCAGAGAGAUAUAGAGUGAUAGAGAGAGGGGGGGAGGAGGAUAUGGGAAAGGAGAGUUAGAGAGAUAGGGGGAGUGAUGAAGAGGGUUGGAGGGCUUAGAGGUGAAGAAAGAUGGUGACAGAGAGAAACUGAAUAAAAUGAGAAGCUGGAGAGGAGACGGCUAGAUGGGUUUGUUUUGGAGGGGUGGGGGGCUUUCAUUGCUAAUGCAGCCUCACUGCGCCAUCUAGCUGUAAAGCCCUACAAUUGUCUCACAUUCAAAAUCACUUGCUUGUUUUGGAUGCCCCUUCAGGGUGCAUUCUCCACUCUUGCAGAACAAUUUUGAGCACUUCUCCAAAAUAUUCUUUCAUCAGUGAAGUGAGAAACAUUUAAUAUCAAAAUGUGAAAGUCUCUCUUGUUUUGGUCAGGACUACAUGAAAGCAAUCGCUGAUUAAGAUGCAUAUAAUUUAUUAUAGCAUAGCAUUGUAAUUCUGUAUCAUAGCAGUAUAAUUACAAUAAUUAUAUGUAGAAAAUUGCUCCAAAUGAAUGAGCAGUCCUCACUUUCCCCUAGAGUUUCUGUGUUUCCCCCUGUUCUCCAAAAUGAUAGCCACUUCCUACCUACACUAGCUAAAGCCAUUCUCUUAAACAUCUGUGAAAUUCAACUCACAACAGUGUCAGGCCAGUGUGACAUCUGUAGACCUUUUUUAGUUUGUACUGUCUAUAGUUCCUGAAGGUCUUCUGCCACUGCGGGACCUUGAAGUCAAAGAAAGCCGCUGUUUUCUCUCAAACGGACAAUACAGUUUAAAGUAGAGUGGCCUUAUUUUAUGUUUGUAGCCUUCACGUCAAAGUGUCCUUGGUGUCUGCAGUGUGAAAAAGGUGCUCUGUUCCUGUCGUGAGUUUUCUAAGUCGUGUAUUGUAACUGUGUCAAAUUCACAAUAAAAAAAAUUCAAAUAAAGGA